AUGAUUUUCGACUACGCCGCCGCCGACCCCCGCGCAGCUCUUGCGAAGCUCUCGGCCGUCCAGUCCCGCGUCGACGCCGUCCGCAGGUUCCUCUCCGAUUCAGUCAACUCUCGCACCCCACUCGGUCAGAGCCAAAACGACGCCGUUUCGUCCGAGUUAUCCUCCGCCAUCCACCAAAUCAUCGUCAACGGCGCCGCCCUCUUAUCAUCCGGCAGCCUUCCCCCCUCCUCGAAGUUUUCAGAUUCUAACCCGCUGAAGCCCGCGGAUCCGAAACCAGAGAUCCAACUGGAGGAGGACGAAUCGGACGGCUACGAGAUCGUAGAGAUGGACGCUGUGGAGCUCCUGGCCGAGCACGCCCACUUCUGCGAGAUCUGCGGGAAAGGGUUCAAGCGCGACGCCAACCUUCGGAUGCACAUGCGGGCCCACGGGAACCGCUUCAAAACCCGUGAGGCCCUGUCCAAGCCCGACGCCGCCUCAUCCUCCGGCCGGAAAACCCGGUUCUCGUGCCCGCACGCCGGCUGCAACAGGAACCGGCGGCACGAGAAGUUCAGGCCGCUGAAGAGCGCCGUGUGCGUGAAGAACCACUUCAGGAGGAGCCACUGCCCCAAGAUGUACUCGUGCAACCGCUGCAACAGCAAGAGCUUCUCGGUCAUGGCGGAUUUGAAGAGCCACUUGAGGCACUGUGGGGAGAAGAGGUGGAGGUGCUCGUGCGGGACGAGCUUCUCGAGGAAGGAUAAGCUGUUCGGGCACAUGGCGUUGUUUGAGGGGCAUAUGCCGGCGGUGGAAGGGCCGGCGGCUGCGAUUGUUGGGGAUGGUGUGGCUGGAGGUGGAUUGGAGUGUAGGGAUGGCUUCUUUGAUGGUUUUAUGGAUGAAUUUGGUUUGGUUGAUGGUUAUGAAUUUGGGGGUUUGUUGGAUUCAGCUAAUUUUGUGGAUAAUUUAGGAGGUUGUGGAAUUGAGGGAUUAUUUGAAUUUUGA